CCAAAAGCAUCUAAAGUGUCGAUCUGGAGGUCGCGUUCACAUAGAAAAUGCUUUCCAGUUCAAUUUCCUGAAGCGAGAUGGUGAUCUUGAAAUUAAAACAGAGGAGCUAUAUCCAAUUAAAGACAUGACACACAUAUGUAGCGCUGAACGAAGGGUGUUACUUUACCUAGACCAUGACAUGGUGUUUAUUCCGAUAAACAUCCGAGAGACGCAUUGGUAUCUUGUUGUGAUCCAUGCAAGAAAUAUGGAGAUACAAGUGCUCGAUUCACUUGGUACUUCACAAGACCGCAAAGACCUCACUGACUCUAUUAAAGGACUGCAAAGACAAAUAGAAAUGAUAUCUCAACGUAAGGAGUUAAAAGACCACAGGUGGCCAGACCUCCAAGUUGCUUCUUGGCCGCUCAGAGAAAUAGACAUGGGAUAUGCAAAGCAGACAGAUAGCUCUUCAUGUGGCCUCUUUCUUUUGAACUAUAUCGAAUACUGGACAGGGGAUGAACUGUCUGACAGUUUUACCCAGGAUGACAUGUCACACUUUAGGAAAAAAAUGGCUGCUAUAUUACUAUCUUCAGCCCUGAAUAAGAGAAGGGGGUGUCUGUUAUACAAAAAUGAAAAAGAAGUUGACUCUGGAAGCCCAUCUGAUGUUGAGAUAUUAGAAAACCCAACAGAUUCUAAUAAGAGGAAACUACUCCACGUGCUUGAUGAUAGCGAAGUAGUGUUUGAAGAUGAGGAAGGCCCUAUUACUCAAGCAGACUUGCAAAGGUGGUUUGUUGAUGAUUGGGAUAAAAGAGCUCCUGUAAAAGUCUCUAACGAUGGUUGCACCAAUGACUUUUUAAUGGUUGGUCUUUCCACAAAGGACAUGUCAGUGACCAAAGCCGAUUCAAUAGAUGUUUUAUGUGAUUAUAUCAUGGCAAUAGAAGACGAUACGACACUAGAGAGAACAUGGGUGCGAAGUUUCAAUCCUUUUAAGAUAGAAAUAUCUGUCAAAGACCUGCAAAACAUAUUAACGACAACUCAAGAUAUGAUUCUAAGAUGUUUUGAUAUGGCUGUUCGGCUGCUUGCCAAUAAAGAGUCACGUAGACCGAAAGAAGAAAUCAUAAAUAAUAGAAAGCAUUAUAUGGACAUGCGUUUUUGGAGAAUGGUUGGUUUUGGUAAACUUCCAAAGUACCAUCAGGAUCCUACAACAGAAGAGUUAGCCAAAACACUCGAUUGUUGGCCAUCAAUGAAUUAUUAUAUCACGGGUUGUAGAUAUGUUCUCAUGCCAUGGAAAUUCAAUGGAUGUCACGCCCUUUUCGUAAUAGAUCAUGUUAAAAAGCAUGUGACUUUUAUCGAUUUUACACCUACUCAAGAUUGGUGUAAACACAUGCCAUACAAGAGGUUUGCGGAAGCGAUUAUCAUGGCCUCAAAAAAAAUAUAAGAUUGCUUACAGCAAGAAACGUUCUAGAUGGGCGGAGGAUAUCUUUAAGUGGGAACAUACAAUUCAGACUGGUGUUCCAAUUGACUUAAGAGGGUUUAAUACCAGCUACCUCGUUCUACAAGCUAUGGCCAUGUGGGGGAAUGACAGACGACUGAAAUUUGUUGGGGAUGCAAAGACUCUUCGAAGAAACUUUGUGAUUGAUCUUUUAAGUUAUGAGGACAAUUCGUGCCGAUAUGCCAUCCCUGCAAACAUACAACAAAGACUUGUCGAUAUCGCUAAAAAGGAUUAGCUGAUUAG